GUGGCAACAUGAGUCGGUUGCGGCAGCUGAUGGUGCUGAGCCGCGACUUAGCGCGCUCCAAGCAGUUCUAUCAAGAAGGGCUGGGUCUAAAGCUGCUACGCUCGUCGGACACAUACGCGGAGUUCGACACACAAGCAGGUGUGCCGCUCUGCAUCAAACUGGCGCAGAGCGAGGCUGCGUGCAGUAGCGGGUACUCGCCAUUCCUGAACUUCGACAUUCCGGACCUAAGCGAUGCGGUACCGCGGUUGCUAAUGCUGGGCGCGAUAAUGGACGGCCCGAUCAAGUACCCGGCACACGGGAAGGUGGCAGCGCUUCGUUCUCCAGACGGAGUAAUGAUCGGCUUGUACGAGCCUAACUCAUGGGAAAAUGUUACUUCAGCGUGAUACCGCGUUUCACCCCUUGUGCAAUAACCCCUUAGACGUUCUUAGGAUUCCCAGAGAAUAGGGGGUUAACCGCUCAUUCACCGAUGUCGUUCCAUCCGACAUGUACCGUUAGAGCCACGAGGCCAGAAGUACUGUCCCAGUAUCCUACGAUACUACUGAUUGCAUGAAUGCUUGUUCUGUAGUGUUGGGCCAGAACGAGGUCCGUCGAAAAUUUUGUGGCGUGAUUUCGCUGCGGUUCUCA